AAAGUAGACAUGCAGGUCAGUGUGCUUCCUCGUCUCUUAAGAGGAGAAGGUCUGAGGUCACUUGGAAGGAAACCCGGCCCCUCUAUUCUCUUCCAGCUUUCGCUGCCCAUGAGUGCAGUCGACUGCUGUGUUGAAAGACAGAAGGGACUUUUUUUUUUCCAACAAGGAGUUCUUCUUUCCCAAAACAAUUUCCAACAACAUGACCUCUAAUUCCAAUUUAUCCAACAUGCGUCGGAUGGUGGAACAACUGAAGCUUGAGGCCAGUGUGGAACGAAUCAAGGUGUCCCAGGCGGCUGCGGAGCUCCAGCAGUACUGUCUGCAGAACGCGAGCAAAGACGCCCUGCUGGUCGGAGUCCCCACGGGCAGCAACCCCUUCAGAGAACCACGCUCCUGUGCUGUAGUGUGAAGAGGAAGAGGAAGUGGAAUCAACUGUGGCAUCUCACCCCUUAAAGAUUAUGUUUUUUAGCCAUUUCUGUAUAAUUUAAAUGUACUGUUUUCAAGAAAAACAUGAACAAUUUCAAAUUCUUUUUUCUUCUUCAAAUAAACUUCUUGUUCUACAACAUCGGUGUAUAUUUUUAACACAUUAAAGACCUUUAUGUCCUUCAUA